AUGAAUGCGUUCCUGACGGUAUCGCUUUGCUUGUGUGCCUUGGCAGUUGUCACAGAUGGUGUUACAGUCAAGGUGGGAGACUUUCAAUUCCCUUUGGAGACAGUGAAGAAGCUCAAGGAUUUAUCGAGUGCACCCUCUGCCCAAAGAUCACGCAGCGGCAUUAGCCUGUGUGACCAUCCAAAGCUGCCCACGGAGUUCCUGACGAUCUGUGCCAGCCCUAAAUCACGACCACUGCUAGCAGAUUUAGAACUCAUUGCCAGAGACUCUGAAGUCUGUGAGAUCUGUGCCAACAUCGCUUGCUCCGGAUGCUGA